AUGGGAAGUGCAGGAAGUGUAAACAAGAAACCACGUUGUCCAUAUCGUAAACUUCUCGAAGCUAAAUUGAAAAAGGCGAAAUCAAUUCAUGGUACCGAUAAGCAACCUUCUGACUUGUAUUCACUUUGUGAAAAAGGUGAAACCGAAAAAGUACGUAAAAUACUCGAAGGUUCGACUCGGAAGACUAUUGAUGAUCUCGUCAAACUCGAACCGAAUGGUAGUACAGCACUUCAUAUAGCGACUAAAAAAGGCCAUGUUGACAUUGUUCGACUCUUGCUCGAGCACAGAUGUUCUCGUACGAUACUCAACUGUUACGGCAAGAUAGCUUAUAAGUAUGCAGCUACACCUGAAAUGCAAAAACUGUUUAUUCGCUCUGAAACUUCAGAUUAUUUUCAUAAUCCGGAGACAGACAAAUCGGUAGCUCAUUGCUUCCCUGAGGAUAAUAAAAAUAAACCAUCGUUAGAAUAUCUUGCAUCUUUUAAAACAGAAGAAGAUGUCCACCAACACUCACUCGAUUUCCAAACAACAGCUAUGUGGUUAAGAUUAUUUAACUGGUUUUCCCGUACAUUUCCUAGUUUGGUUCAGAAUGACAAUUUGAAUCUCGAAACAUUUAAACUUCAUGAAAACAAUGAUUUUAAAGAAUUUCUAAGACUGAAAUUACAUGGUAAACACGAAACAGCACUCGAUGAAUUAGACGAAUUUCGUCGAAAAAAUUCAAUUGAAUCUCUUCUCAGAAUAUAUUCAAAUGAAGAAAUUGGCUUCUAUAAGUCACUUAAUCGACAGUUAGUUGAUUCACCACAGGAGAAUGAUACCAGUCCUCAUUUGUGUGAUCGAUUUAUUAUAGAAUUUCAUCUUCGUAGUGAUGAACUUGCAGAACGUUGCUUUCUCGGUACUGUUUAUCGUGGUGCAACGAUGGAUUCAAGUCAAUUAUUAUUAUAUGAAAAAGCACUUGAAAAUAAGCCACGCGGUGUUAUUACCUUCAGAGCAUUUACAUCCACAAGCGAAGACAAAGACGUUGCUCUUAACUUCUUACUUCGUGCUUCGCCACUUGAAAGCCAUCAAAUACGUGUUUUAUAUAUUAUUAAAACUGAGGUCAAAUCUCCUACUAUCGUCGGUAUUGCAGAUGUUUCUGAAUAUCCACAUGAAGAAGAAGUACUUUUUAUGCCUGGAAAUCUUUUUAUUGUGAAGAAGUUGGUGAAAGACGUCACUGUUUGUACAAGAAAACAAGAAUGUUUAACAGUAACAGAGAUUCAUCUUGAAUAUUUACAUAUACCAGUAUCACUCUGGAAAAAACUUCUACAUACAUAUCGAUCAGCUAACAACAGUGUAACAAACCUUUAA